AUGGAGAACGGUUCAUGGGAGGUUUUAGGUUCAAAAGGGUUGGUUAAGAGACAUGAAUUCGUUAGGAUUAUGGUCCAAUGCUUAUACUCGUUAGGAUUCAAGAAAUCUGCUUCUUGUCUUGAAAACGAGUCGAACAUCUCGUGUAAAUCGGAUGACUUUGCAAUUCUUGAAAUGCAAGUUUUGAGUGGCAAUUGGGGUAGUUGCUUAGGGGUGCUCGACAGAAUUUUCGAUAAUCCUAAGGAUGAUGUGAGAAAUACGGCUUUGUAUCUAGUGUUCAAGCAAUGUUUGUUUGAGUAUUUGAAACGUGGGGAUGCUUCUUCAGCAUUGAAUGUGCUACGGAAGCAAGCUCCUAUGUUACUGGUGGGGAAAGAGAAGAUUCACAGGCUUGCUUGUGACAUUAUUUCUUCGAAAGAGAUGGAAUCCGGAGAAGUAGACAACUGUUUAGUUCAAGAUUUGAGGAAAAGAUUGUUGGUCGAACUGGAGAUGUUAAUCCCUUCGCCAAUUGUUAUUCCUGAGAGAAGAUUGGAACAUUUGGUUGAGACUGCUGUGAUGGACCAGAUCGAUUCGUGUAUGUAUCAUAAUUCAUGGGAUGCAGUAUCACUCUACAAGGAUCACCAUUGCGGUAGAGACCAAAUUCCUUCAGAAACAGUUCAGAUUUUGAUGGCACACAAAAAUGAAGUGUGGUUUGUGCAAUUUUCUAACAAUGGCAAAUAUCUGGCCACUGCAUCAAGCGAUUGUACAGCUAUAAUAUGGAAGGUACUGGAUGACAACAAACUCGAACUGAAGCACACUCUUCAGAGCCACCAAAAUCCAGUGUCUUUUGUCUCGUGGAGCCCUGACGAUACUAAGUUGCUUACAUGUGGAAAUGCUGAGGUUCUAAAGCUAUGGGAUGUUGACACAGGUGUGUUGAGACACACAUUUGGAAACAACGAUAACGGAUUCACGGUCAGCUCUUGCGCAUGGUUCCCUGACUCAACUCGGCUUGUCUGGGGCAGUUCUGACCCAGAAAGAGGGAUUGUAAUGUGGGACACUGAUGGAAACGAGAUCAAAGCCUGGAGAGGAACGAGAAUUCCAAAGGUAGUGGAUUUGGCUGUGACGCCAGAUGGCGAGAGUAUGAUCACGGUGUUUUCGGAUAAAGAUAUUCGGAUCUUGAAUUUGGAGACAAAAGUCGAACGUGUUAUCUCUGAGGAACAACCAAUUACAUCCCUUUCGAUUUCUGCUAAUGGUAAGUUCUUUAUAGUCAACUUGAGUAGCCAAGAGAUACAUCUUUGGGACCUUGCUGGAGAGUGGAAACAACCAUUGAAGUUUUCGGGUCACAAGCAGAGCAAAUACGUGAUACGGUCAUGUUUUGGUGGGUUGGACAGUUUGUUCAUCGCCAGUGGAAGUGAAAAUUCACAGGUUUACAUAUGGAAUUUGAAGAACGCAAAGCCGCUUGAAGUGUUAUCAGGUCAUUCCAUGACUGUGAACUGUGUGAGCUGGAACCCGAGAAAUCCUCGGAUGCUGGCCUCUGCGAGUGAUGACCAGACCAUCCGUAUUUGGGGACCAGCCAAACUGAAGAACCAAUUAGAUAACCGAAAACUGCAGUAG